UGACGUGGAAAAGCAGCAAUAUGACGUGGAAAAGCAGGAGAUACCACAACCACCAGACUUCAUGCAAUCUCUCUCCAUUCAGCAAGAAGAAAAUAUUAUGGCCGAUCAACAGCAAGUCAACCAGCAACAGGACAAUGCCAAUCAACAGUAUGGAUAUGGAUAUGGGGGCAGGUACAGGCAUCGAUACGGCCACCACCAGCAAGAAAAAAUAUUAUGGCCGACCAACAGCAAGAGGAAAAUAUUAUGGCCGACCAACAGCAAGCCAACCAGCAACAAGACAAUGCCAAUCAACAGUAUGGAUAUCAUUAUGGCGGUCAUGGUGGAUACCACAGGGGUGGUUAUGGUGGUGGAUACCACCGUUACGGUUAGUAUCCACUCUUUCCUCUCUCAAGAUGGCGAAACAUUGUGAUGGACACAAGAUUUUUGUAGCUUAGUUCAUUAUCCUGUACUCAUGCGUGAAAUAUGUAGAUUCAUGUAGA